AUGGUACCAGGAAACCAAACACAAAUCACUGAAUUUAUCCUCUUGGGAUUUUCUAAGAAGUCAGAGCAGCAGGGGCCCCUCUUCGGGCUGUUCUUGGGCAUGUACUUGAUCACUGUUGUUGGAAAUUUGCUCAUAAUAUUGGCCAUUGGCUCUGAUUAUCAUCUCCAUACCCCCAUGUACUUCUUUCUUUCCAAUCUGUCCUUUGUGGAUUUCUGUUUGGUAUCCACUAUAAUCCCCAAGAUGUUGAUGAAUAUCUUGACACAAAACAAAGUCAUCCUCUAUGUUGAUUGUCUUGCCCAGAUGCAUUUUUUUAUGGUUUUUACUUCUUUGGACAAUUUUCUUCUCACUGCAAUGGCCUAUGACCGUUUUGUGGCUAUCUGUCACCCGCUACACUAUACAGUCAUCAUGAGCCCUAGGUUCUGUGUCCUGCUAGUUUCACUCUCCUGGAUAUUAAGCCUUCUAAAUUCCUUCCUUCACAGUCUGAUGAUAACAAGGCUCUCUUUCUGUAAAGACCAUGAAAUUCAGCACUUCUUUUGUGAUCUUGAUCAGGUUCUGAAGCUCUCUUGUUCUGACACCCUUAUUAAUUAUAUUUUUAUAUAUACUGCAAUUGGAUUGCUGGGCUUUAUUCCCCUCACAGGGAUAGUUUUCUCUUAUAGUCAGAUCUGUUGUUCCAUUUUGAAAAUCCCAUCUGCUGGGGGUAAAUAUAAAGCCUUUUCUACUUGUGGAUCUCAUUUCUCUGUUGUUUCCUUAUUCUAUGGCACAGGGUUUGGAGUCUAUAUCUGCUCUUCAAUUACCCAAUCUUCCUGGAAGAGCACAGUUGCCUCAGCACUGUAUACUGUGGUCACCCCCAUGUUGAACCCCUUUGUCUAUAGCCUGAGGAAUAAGGACAUAAAAGAUGCCCUGAGGAGGAUAAUUAGAAGGAUAACCUUUUCUCAAUGAUGGAGCUGGGCUCUGGUCCUUGGUAUAGGACAAUAGCCCUUCAGGGGAAAAUAUUGGAAGGCAGAAAUCUUGGAUUUCUUAAUUCCCUCCCCACUCCAGUCCAUCCUCCAUUUUGUCACUACAAUAAUUUUCCUAAAGUAAAGGUUUAACUCUGUCACAGUCCCAAGUACUAAAUGUAGGUGGCUCCCAAUUGCCUCCAGGAUCAAAUAUGAAAUUCUCUGAUUCACAUUCAAAUCUGUGUUAAAUUAAUAUAAAAAUGUAACCCUUUACCCCUACAUUAAGCCUGGAUGCCAGCCAGCAAGUCAUGAGAAUAAAGAGCAUCAUGGGUACCCAGAGUCCUGCCUUCCAGAAGUGGCUGUCCCUUCCAGACAGAAGUCCCCUUUUGGAUGGAGAUGUGUCUGG